CAAAAGAAGGCAACAGGUUUGACAGUCAACACAGGUUUUCUUUAUGAUGUUGGAUUAUUUACACACUGCAUAAGAAACAGAAUAAAUCUAACGUUAAGUACUUCAAAAGUGAACAUGUUUUUAAGACAGAGAACUUUAAGUGAAGCAGAUAAAUUUGACCGUAUGACCUACUUUAAUGACGUCUAACUGGUUGUAUGCAAUUAUGCGUAAAGUGAACACAUGUAUUCCGCAUUUAAUAAAUGUGGCUUUAUAGACAAAAGGCUCCUGGGUUCACUAAACAUAGUAGAGUACUUUUCUUGCAGAAAUAAAUUGCACCACAGCACCGUUUCGGGGCAGCGUCAUGUUUUGUGACUGCAAUGCCUUUAUAGAGGCGAUGGGCGUUUCUGGACGCAGAUGGCGCUGUUGAGCAUAUAUUUUGUUUCAGUCCCGUUUCCCUCCAUGGUUUCUCCUCUCUCCGACUAACUUAGCGUUUGGCUCAGUUCAUUAUACAGUCCUAUAUUCUCCCUCCAUUAGGGCAUCUCUGCCUUUGGACUGAAGAUCCCAACAAAACCCAAGAGAGAAAAGUUUUACUUUCGUAGGGCAAGAUGGACAUGAGCAAGAGGAUCCACUUGGAGCUAAGAAACAGGACACCGUCUGAUGUACGAGAACUCGUCCUUGACAAUUGUCGAUCAGCUGAAGGAAAAAUCGAAGGCCUCACAGCUGAGUUUGUCAACCUGGAGUUCCUCAGUUUGAUAAAUGUUGGCUUAAUAUCAGUUUCCAACCUGCCUAAACUAGGAAAACUCAAAAAGCUGGAGUUGAGUGACAACAGAAUCAGCGGAGGCCUUGAUGUUUUAGCAGAGAGACUUCCCAACCUCACACAUCUAAACCUGAGUGGCAACAAAUUGAAAGACAUCAGCACAUUGGAACCGUUGAAAAAGCUGGAUAACCUGAAGAGUUUGGACCUGUUCAACUGUGAAGUGACAAACCUGAACGACUACAGAGAGAGCGUGUUCAAGCUGCUGCCACAGCUCACCUACCUGGAUGGUUACGACAUGGAGGACAGGGAAGCCUCCGACUCAGACGGAGAGGUGGACGGAGACGGCGUAGAUGAUGAUGAAGAUGAAGAGGGAGAGGAGGAGGAAGACGAGGACGGAGAGGAGGAAGACUUUGAUGAGGAAGAGGAUGAGGAGGAAGAUGAAGAGGAGGUAGAAGGAGAAGAAGAUGAUGAUGAGGUCAGCGGAGAAGAUGAGGAGGAAGACUUUGGUCAGGAUGGGGAAGGGGAUGAAGAAGAUGAUGAUGACGAUGAUGAUGAAGAUGCAGAACAAUGCAAAGGCGAGAAGAGAAAGCGAGACCCAGAGGAUGAGGACGACGAUGACGACGAUGAAGACGACGAUUAAGCGCAAAACUGAAUACGAGAGCCUACCGAGUUACCCUUUCUCCCCCACAAACCCGAACGUCCACCUUCCUACAACUCACACCGCCUUUGUAA